CAGUGGGUGACUCCUCUGUUCGGAUAUAACUGUUGUUACAACAGAACGUUAUAUCUGUGUACGUAGUUGUAAAUACCUGUCGACCGGAGUUAGGCUAAAAGAUGUCCCGAGAACAGCUUGUUGUUGAACGAGCCAGGAAGGCUUUCCGGACAGGAAACACCAAACCUCUGGAGUACAGAAUCCAGCAGUUGAAGAGUCUGCUCCGCUUCAUCUCAGAAAGACGCAAGGACAUCGCAGAUGCUGUUAAAAGAGACCUUGGCAAGAGUGAACAUGGGACAGAGCUGUUUGAGACUAUGGGACUGGAGGGGGAGAUCCGCCUGGCCAUAGGGAAACUGGCAGAGUGGGCAGCUCCUCGGCCCGUUGAAAAGACCCCCAUCACUUUAUUAGAUGAGGUUUACAUUAAGCCAGAGCCUCUGGGAGUGGUACUUAUUAUUGGAGCCUGGAACUACCCAUGGGCUGUCACACUCCAGCCGCUGGUUGGAGCUAUUGCUGCAGGUAAUGCAGCCAUAAUAAAGCCAUCAGAGGUCAGCUCACACUCUGCCAAGCUCAUGGAGGACCUCCUCCCUCAGUAUCUAGACAAAGAGCUGUACCCAGUGGUGACAGGUGGAGUGACUGAGACCCAGGAGCUGCUGAAGCAGAGAUUUGACCACAUUUUCUACACAGGAAGCAGCACAGUUGGUAAACUGGUAAUGGAGGCUGCAGCUCGCCACCUCACGCCAGUCACUCUGGAGCUGGGAGGGAAGAGUCCCUGUUACAUCGACAAGAACUGUGACAUCACUGUCGCAUGUCGUCGCAUCACAUGGGGAAAAUUUGUCAACUGUGGUCAGACAUGCAUUGCUCCAGACUACAUCCUGUGUGAACCCUCCAUCCAGAGCAGAGUAGUAGAAGAGAUUAAGAAGAAUAUUAAGGAGUUUUACACGGAUGAUCCAAAGACCUUUGAGGACUAUGGACGCAUUAUCAACCAGAGGCACUUAAAGAGGAUCAUGGCAUUGAUGGAGGGCAGCACAGUUGCUGUUGGUGGAGAUAGUGAUGAAUCUCAGUGCUACAUAGCCCCAACUGUGCUCACAGGCGUUACAGGGACAUCUAAAGUGAUGAGGGAGGAGAUCUUUGGUCCACUCCUGCCCAUCAUCACAGUGAACAGUGUAGACGAGGCCAUUUGUUUCAUUAACGAGAGAGAGAAGCCACUGGUGGUCUAUGUCUUCACCAAUGACAACAAGCUGAUCAAAAGGAUGAUUGCUGAGACAUCUAGUGGUGCUCUGCUAGCUAACGAUUGUCUGGUCCACUUCACUGUCAAUACUCUGCCCUUCGGAGGAGUUGGGAACAGCGGUAUGGGCUGCUACCGUGGCCGGCACAGCUUCGAUCAACUGAGCCACCUGCGCAGCUGUCUCAUCAAGAAGCUGAAGAUGGAGGUGGUGAACAACAUGCGGUAUCCUCCACACACUGCCAGGAAAAUGGGCUGGGCUCGUUUCUUCCUUGUCAAGCAGGUCAACAUGUGCAGACUGCGCCGCAUGGCACUGCUCACCCUAUUCACUGCCAUAGCAGCAAUUGCGGUGCAGCGGUUCCUGCGCAGAGGCUGACAAACGCAAACCGUGGUGUGUGUUGGACUCUGACCCUGGAACAGAAACACGGACUCCCGACCCUCGGUGAAACUGGCCACACCUGACAUUUAUCGGUCCAGAUAAUUUCAUACAUGACCUCAUAUUUAACAGAUUUGAAAUCUGUGGAAACUUGAUUUUUACAUUUCAUCUCUGUUGCACCUUAAGCUGCUUUUAAAGUUUUAAUCUUCUUAAAUUAACAUUAUGCAAAUUAAAUCUGUAACACUUUAAAUUGAACUCCUCAAUGGAGAUUUGCAGUCAUAAAAAAUAUGUCAGUGCUAAUUUAAUUAUCGUAACUACACACACUACCUGCAGUGUGGACGUCCAUCACAGUGCAUCAUCAUGUGCUUUUAUAAAGCCACGUCUUUUACUUCACUUUGUGUACUUAUCACAUUUCACUGUCAAAUUAAACAUCAAACGUUAUUAUAA